AUGGCCAAAACCAGAUCUCUGUCCAAACAUUCGCGCGCCGCCCGCCGGGCCACGUCGCCGAGCAUCAACACCGACAAGUCCCUCAAGGAAGUCUCCCUCCCUCGCGCCUCUGCCGCAGCCUCUUCCUCUGCUGCGGCCCCCGCCUCGGCACCGCCCUCGCAGCAGCACCAGCUCCGGCCAUCGGUCCUCGCCGUCCAUCGCUCCGCCGCCGUGCAAAAGAAAAAGACGUCGCGCCCCGUCCGCAAGCGCCAGCUGUCGGCCCGCGCCCGCCGCCGCCACGAACGGGGCCUCGAGAUGGCAGAGGCCGUCGGCGAGCGCACCGUCGCAAAGGUCCAGCGCAGUGUCGGCCGCCAGCGCGCCGUCAAUGCCCGCCGCAAGGCCUGGGACGACGUCAACAAGCUGGCGGCCACGACCGGCGCCGAUGCCGCGAAUCCCUUCGACGCCCUCGGGGGGGGAGACAAUGACGAGGGCGAGGGAGCUGACGUGGAGACUGGUGAUGAGGACGUGGACGCCGCCAAGAACGAUGCGGCGCCCGCGUUGCCACAGCCAGACGACGACCAAGAUGAGAUUCUCUGA